AUGUCAUUUGAUGGGUUAUUGGUUGAACAGGAGCUGUAUCUAGAGAAUAUAGACCGACAGAUUGAUGGUAUUACACAGUCUAUCCUUAUUAAAUCGUCAUUAGAAAAUGAUUCUUCAUUGAGACAGCAAUUCAUGAUUGAAGUUGAUGAAGGGAUACAACAAGAAACAGAUGAAAAUGAUCUAAGCAAUCAAUCCAUAACCCAACUAAAUAGUCGAUUUGAAGUUGUCAACAAGAAUAUUCAUGAAUUAUCCCAUUUGAUAGAAUUGAAUAAGAAAUUGACUGAAAUAAAGUCGUUGUUAGACAAACCAAAGACAAUUGUAGACUUAUUAGAUUUACAGCAAUUACAUAACUUAUUCAGAUCAACUUCUAUUACCAAUUCCAAUAGUUUCAUCAUUUAUAAACAAAUAAACAAGCAGUAUGAUAACUACAAAUCCACAUUUAUUCAACAAUUGAAUGAUUAUUUAAAACUUUUGAUUCCUGAUUGUUAUUCAAUUGUCAAUAUUUCAAUCUUAAGUGACUUCAAUCUGUUUAUAUCUAAGAAUGCAUAUGUCCUAGACACCUAUAAUCAAUAUAAACUACAAUGGGAUGAGAUAAUAGAUUCAAUACUUUCCCAUGACAAACAGAUUUCAGUCUCACAUGAAGAAGAUGAAGAUAGCAUCGCAAUGGCUCUUUCAGACUCCUCUCUGCCAGAACAACAGCCAUCGUUUUUAUUAUCAUUAGCAAACUUUAUGAAAUUUAUCAAUGAAUUAAACAAUGAAAAUAUCAGAAAUUAUCUAAAUUCAAAAAUCCAACCCAUGAUAACCAGCAAAAUAUCAUCCAACAUUAAUCAAAUAAUAAACAACGAAUAUCAGAUCAAUGAAUUAAACGGUCUAGUUAACUUAAGCAGACAGACUCAUUGGAGUAUAUUAAGAAGAUUGGAGAACCAACCAGGUGGAGCCAUUGAUGAGAAAUUGAAUAAGUUGUACUUUGAUUGGAUAAUUGAUGGAUUUAUAGAUCGAAUUAGAAAUGAAUUUAAAAAUAGUCUGUUUGAAGUAGUGGAAGAAGUUGAAUUUGAUAUACCCGAAGAAAUCGAAGUGACUGGCAAGAGAACGAAUGGAACGAAUAAUUCAAUAUCACAUGCCCCUCCACCUCAACCAGCAGCGCCAGUCAUAGAAGCAGUGCCUUCGAAGGCUGAAGAUGAUUGGAAUGCUCAAUGGAGUGAUGAUGACAAUGAGCCAGUUAAUCAGGAUGCAGAUGCGGAUUCAUGGAAUGACCAGUGGGAGAACAGUUGGGAUGAAGACGAUCAUGCAAAUCACGAUAGGAAACAAAAAUCAGGAGAUGAACAAGAAGACAAUUGGAAUGAUCAAUGGGAAGAAGACUGGGAUGAGGAAGAAGAUACACCUACUGCACAGCAGUCUAAACCGGAUCCAAAAGAGAAGACGUUAACACCAACCCCUGCGCAGCCAAUAAUAGCCCCAACUCCAAUUGAAAGUAAAACAAUAGAAACGAAACAAGUUCAGAAAAAGGGCAGCAUGCAAAUCACGCAAUUGCCUAAUAAUUUGAUCACCAUUCUUGAAGAAUUUAAAUCGCAUUCAAUUGAUUUGAGAUAUAUUGUGUCCGCAAUUGAAUCAUUGUCUUUGGUCACAUAUACUCCUUUAUCAAGUUCAUUUUUGAUGUAUAAUGAUUUUCAGUAUUUGUCAUCUAAAUCAGACAUAUCUGAAUUCAUCAAUUUUGUUGAAUCACAAUGGAAUCAAGUACGAAAUGAGUAUUAUUCUGAAUUUGAAUCUAUUUUGUCAGGGCUUGAUUUGGGUGGAACGUCGGGGGACGAGGGAGAUAAUUACGAUGAUAUAUUGGACGAUUAUAAUAUGGGGGAAGUGAGUAAGGUUUACGAGUGGUUAAAUAAAUUAUUUGAAAAGAAACAAUAUCUUAAAAGUAAUAAAUAUAAAUUCAAACAAUUGAUUAUUGAGUUAAUGAACUAUGGUAAUAAGUGGUUAAUUUCGAAGAUUGUGGAGUUACCUGAUAUAAGCGAAAUGCAAUGUAAUAAAAUCACACAAGUUAUUGAUUCAUUGAAUAAUGUUACAAUUCCAAUUCUUCAACAGAUUCAAAUUCCAAAGGAUUCUGUCGAAUCAUAUAGUAAGUUAAACAAUGUUCAAUUCUUGUUAAAUAAUCAUUUGAGAGAUAUUAUGGAUAGAUUUUACGCUGGUGAUUUAUAUGAUUUGACAACUGAAGAAUUAAUUAGAAUAAUUCGUAAUGUCUUUAUCCAAAGUGACGUCAGGGAUAGUUGUAUAAAUGAGAUUAUAGAAUUUAGAACCAUGAAUUAA